AUGUCGCUGCAAGGUAUGAACGUCGUAGAGAGCGGGACGCUCGCUCCGGAGGAAGCCAAAAAGAUGCAAAAUGACUCGGAGGACAAAAUAGAUGGCCCAGACGUUAGCACUCAGAAUGGGGAAAGCAAACCGGGUUCUGUUCGACUUAUGGCGCAGCUGGCACGCGCCGCAUCUCGGCUGCUCCAGACGAGCACCCUGGAGGAAAGAAACGCAGCUCUGCAAGCUUACAAGGACGGCCUUGUUCAUUUCCGAGAAGAAAUUGAAGCCGCAAAUCAGCGAGAGCUAGAAGCAGCGAAAGUGGCGGUCGCCGCGGGGGAGCUUUCAUCGCCUGUGUUCCAACGACUGAAUUGUCGCGGUCAGAAAUUUGAGACGCUGCUGAGCGGGCUCGACUCGUUGAUUGCCAAAGACGACCCUCUGGGGGUUUGUGACUUAGCAACGGAGUUGGGGAGUCACUUGGAGUUGUUUCGUUUGUCGUGCCCGAUUGGCGUUAUCGCCGUCAUUUACGAGGCGCGUCCGGAGGCGGCCGUGCAAGUUGCCGGUCUUGCGCUCAAGACCGGAAACGCGCUGCUACUGAAGGGAGGGAAGGAGGCAAGGGAGACGAAUCGGGCAGUAUUCAAAGCUUUGCGUUGGGGGCUAGAGAAAGCUGCAAGUGCAGCGAUAUCGAGGGAAGUGCUGCAGCUGAUCGAGGAUCGCCAGGAAGUGACGGAGUUGCUGCAGCUGGACGACGAGGUCGAUCUCGUUGUGCCGCGAGGCUCCAACAGUCUGGUCAAGUACAUCAAGGAAAACACGCGCAUCCCGGUCCUCGGGCACGCAGACGGAAUCUGCCACAUCUACGUGGAUGCCGCGGCCGAUCUCGGAAAAGCAGCGAAAAUCGUCGCGGACUCGAAACUGCAGUAUGUAGCCGCAUGCAACACAGUCGAAUCGCUGUUGGUUCACCGAGAAAUUCUACCCACCUUUCUCCCGGCAAUCAUUUCUCAGUUAGCGCUCCGCGGAGUCACGUUCAAAGUCGAUUCCGCGGCACUUGAAGUUCUCAAAACACAGGCUGUCCAUACACUCGAGGCACACGCUCAGUUUGUGGCGGUUGCGAGUGAGCACGAUUUCCACACCGAGUGGCUGGCUCCUGUUCUAGCGGUGAAAACGGUAGAUUCACUCCAAGAGGCCAUUGCUCACAUCAACAGCCACGGCUCACACCACACAGACUGCAUCAUCACAGAAAACAAAGCGCACGCGGAGCAAUUCAUGAAGGGCGUCGAUUCUGCCGGCUGCUACUGCAACUGUUCUACACGAUUCGCCGACGGCUACCGCUACGGCUUUGGCGCAGAGGUCGGCGUUUCCACCAACAAAAUCCACGCGCGAGGGCCGGUCGGCUUGCAGGGCCUCGUAACUUACAAAUACUGUCUCUACGGAGAUGGACACACUGUAGGCGACUUCGAGGAAGGGAGAGCGCGGUACACCCACCGACCGCUGGCGACAGACAAACCGAGGAGCGAGAGACAACUAGCAAACUAG